AUGUUUCCGGAUACCCCGACCUCUGCGGUCCUGUUGUUCUUUGGCUCGGACGGCGCCGCCAGUGUGUGGUGUCAUUCCCUGACGUCAUCAGAACCAGCGCUGAUGUCGCAGAUGUGGGCACUUGUGGCUGAGAAUAAAGUUGCUCUCCUACCCCCAGCACCAGGGGAGCAGUUCCAACAACUGACUGUGAGAAUAAUGAAACGAAAUCCUGGCUUCAAGCCCACCAAACAAUACAGUGAUGAAUUCCAGGGGCUUCUCCGCAGCAGUUUGAGACCGACGAAAAAAACAUUCGGCGCCCGCACCAUAAUGUCGUCAGGGAAGACAUCGUUCGUCUGCGGCGACUGGAGUUGUGUCCCCGCCUCCCCGUCAGAGCUGACCGUAGUGGUCAUCCAGUGGCCAAGUCAGGACAGGAGUAAUGGUUAUUCCCGCCAAUUCGACACUGACCCGGCUUUGAAAAGAUACUGGGACUUGACCUGUCUCCUCUUCAGCACUCUUUCUUUCCAAGACAUUCCCGUUGGGGACAUCUACUCUUUUCUGUGUUAAUGAUUCGGAACGGAAGGAAAAUCUGUUGAGAAAGCUGGACGUGUGAAAGACAAGGGAAGGGGGGGUUCCCCUCUUCUUAAAGCCAGCGCGUCCGUCAAAUCUAAGAGAAAAAAAAGACCCCAAAUCAGACACUGCGGCGGUUGUGCUUAACUUAAACACCGAAUGUCUUUUUAAUUGAGCGUACCGUGGAAAAUGGUAUUUCAUAUGUCUGAAUCGUUUGUUCCAGGAGAUUUCUUGAUUUAAAAAAAGGAUAGCCACCAACAUUCUGGAAAGAAAAACGCUAUUACUAUUAUAUUAUAGCAGGGUGCCAUUGUGAGAUUCUCUAACAAUAUGUUAGAGAAUGACAGGUAGAUCUAUUUAUUCAAAAUGAAACAUGAAAUUAAUAAUUACACCAAUAUGAAUUUUUAAAUUCUGUAACCAAGCCUACAUACUUUUGCUGAAGAGCAAUGGUGUGUUAGGUAUGAGUUUUGUUUUUAAAUUUUCAACCAAAAAAAGUCUUAUCUGUCCUUUUAAGUUAUUUGUAUUAAUAUAGGACGAUAAACAAAAGAAUAUUAAUUGAAAGAAGAGAAAAGAUAGGUGGACGGAUUUGGGUGUUUGAUUUUGUACUUGACAAUGAUGAGGGCAAUAACUAUGACAAAUGGGCAUUGAAGCGGCAAUAGAAUACAUGUAAUAAUAUUAUUAUGUCCUUCUUUCUACUUUGCGUUAAUUCUUGAAACAAUAGUGUCCAUGCAUUUAGGAUGCUGGUAAUAAAUCUCAAGUUGUUGUGUGCUAAGCAUUGUCGGUGAUACAUGUAUAACAUAAUAAAAUGGGGAAUUCCACAUCAUAUUUUUCAAUUGGAUUGUGAGACAAGUGUUAUAGAAGCUACUCUAUGGAGAAAGAGGACACACCCUCCACAACAGUUUUACUUUGGGUUUGAUAAGUUAGAAAACUAAACAUAAUAUAAAUUCUACGAUAUCACCAUCCUCAUACUUCCAACUUAAUUAACAAUUUAAUAUUGCGGGGCAAUUCCACGCUAUCAUGAGCACACAAGCCAAAAUGAAAAUAAAAAGACAGACAUACAAGAAAUUAAAGCUGAAUUGAAAAAUAAAACAUGUAGACAGAAGCCAAUGAUAAAAGAUGAAUGUCAAACAGAUUUCUGUUGGUUCUAAUGGCUAUAAGUGGGGGUGUGGAAUUCUCCCACCUUCCCCUACAUGUACAGCGUUUUGAUGGGUAGUCACCGAUAUGUCCUUGAGUAAAAACCCAUGCUCGAAAACAAGGCUCAGCAUACUGGAAUCCGGAGAUAUAAUUAAUUUUCCAUUUUAAAAUUGAACUGAUAUUAUGAUCAUGUGACUUUCUUGUACAGUGACGUAUGUACAUGUACAAUGGCAUAUUGUAUUUGUAUGGGUUUUUUUGUACCGAUACGGUACUUUUUUGUUGUAACCUGGUCGAAUUUUCACACAUGGAUCAAAUCAAUGAAAGCGGUUAUAUUUUAA